CGCACGCUUUGAACUGCGCACUUCAGCUUUCAGUAUGUAGGUCAUGUCGUUUUUUCAGUUAUGCAUUCGUCAAAACCUUUAUUUCUUCCUUUUUGACCGAAAAUGGACAUGAAAAUAGUUAAAGAGGAACCUGUUGACCAUGAAACGAAGCUAACCCUCCUGAUCCCGUCGUUGGAUGAUAUUCCAAGUUUCGAUCAUGGUGGACCUGGUUUUGAUGACCCCAUACUCUCAGACCCGAUAUCUGAAGCCCCGUCCUCGAAUGACUACCAGCUGGACCACUGUAUCGGGAGCCCGCUGUCCAGUGGUCCCCAGGUCGUUAUUGAAGGCUCAAAAGUCUCGAUCAUCAGAGAGGCAAAACGGGAGUUUAUGCCCUACAUCGUGAAAGACGAACCCAACAGUUUUGUGAGUGGAGAGGACAUCUCGUUAAGCGAAAACGUGAAGCUGGAGAACGAGGCUCGGCCAGUUAUGGCUGGUAUUAACGAGACUAAUGCCUUAUUUGGUGAUGGGACCGGAGAUGACGAUUUGGACUGGGACACGGACAAUACUGAAGAGUUCCACUGUGACGCAGACGAUUUUGUAGACUCCUCAGAUGAUGACGUUAUUUUAAUGGAAGAAAAACGCUUGGUGAAGAAUCCCGACAACAAAUCGACAGAGUUUGUGUGCAACUAUAACAACUGUCGUAAGACGUUUCAGUCCAAAAUGGGUUUGCGUCUGCACCAGAGAAGGCAUUCUGGGAAGUAUCCCUUUAUAUGCGAGACUUGUGGUAGUGGAUUUAGUGCUAGAAGUCAGCUGUUUGAACACACACGAACACAUACGGGGAAAUACCCCAAGUGUAAAAUCUGUGGUAUAGCUCCGAGGACAGCCCAGGGUAGGCGAAUCCAUGCAGCAAUGCACGGGACAGAACGCUACGAGUGCAAGACGUGUAAGAAGGAAUUCCCAUGUACGGACUACCUCAGGCGCCACGAAAAGACUCACGUCCGGUCCUUUACCUGCUCCAUCUGUAGUAAGAUAUUUUACGCCAGGCACCACGUUAAGGAACACGAACGGAUCCACUACGACCCGAGUUUCCACUGUGACCAGUGCGAGUUUAAGACGACGUUCAAACAGAGUCUCAACAGACACGUGAAGGCACGACACGGGGACCACGACGACAAGAGGGAGAGGCUGUGUGCCCGGUGUGGACGGUGUUUCUCGUCGGAAUCUCAGUACAAGAGACACUCUGAUCGCUGCAAGCUCACUGAAGAUAUCUGGUCACAAGAAGACGGGCCUGAAUUGUCGGGUACCAAGUGAUUCGCAGGAUAAUAGAACUAUUUCAGGCGCGUGUGCGAGACUUUGUGGAGUUUGGACUGGCGAGCGAAGUUUUCAAAUGGGAGGGGGGAUCGAGUCAUGGUCCUCUGGAAAAUAUAUUUUAAAAAGAGAAGAAAAUUCGCAUGAUCAGGAAGGUGUUUCGACCUCGAACCCACUCCAGCACACGCGCCAGCUCAUGUGAAGACCACGUGCAUGAAACUUCACUCUCGUAACGAAGUGGCACAUCUGCUAAGACCUCUUGUGAAAAGUAUAUGAUACGUCAUGCAAGUUGCAACGAAAGGACAAGAUUAAAUAUCGGCUAGUAAAAAAAAGAUGACAUACCAGCUUACACACGUAACAAAAGGUAUCUCUUAAUGGUUAUUAAUAUCACCUGUCACCUUGAUUCUUGGAACAUAUUCAAAACAAUAGGUACAGGCUGAAGUACGAUUGUCAUUUGUGCCCGCCUUUUAUGGCCUGUUGUUCGUGUAUUCAGUUCUGCGUUAGGUUUGGGUGAGUGCAUACGUCAUAUAAUGGUUGGAACGCUGCAGAAAUUUUGCUUCGCUGGUUAUUAAUCAAAAUACAAAUAUUUUAAAAUGGCCAUAUGUUACUUAGAACGCUAUAGACUGGCAAGCAUCUAAAAGAGAGAUUAAAAAGCGCCUUUGUUAAUGUGAAUUGCCAAAAAAGGAAGAAAUAUAGCGAUAUAUUAUUGAUCUCAAUAAAAUGUAUAUUUUUGU